AAACCCAAGCCCGCUCCCGGGUCUAGGACGCAAGCGCGCGCACGCUCCCCGGUCGGGGUGGGCGGGGAAUGGGGGAGAGUAGGAGGGAGGGGAGGAGGGGGAGGCGUCUACUUCGGUGAGUGGAAGGCGGUGGGACGCUGCGAUCGCCCGGGCCUGGCUCCCUUGUGGGGAAAACGCUGCGCCAGCAUAGAACCGGCGGAAGGGAGCGGAGCCAGUCAGCGUAACACUCGAGCGGCACGAUCGGGCCGCUGAGCCCCCUCGAUCCUCAGGGCGCGCCGUCCUGGCCUAGGCCCCGCGGAGAUGUCCAGUUGCGGCGCUUGUACCUGCGGCGCUGCGGCCGCCCGGCUUCUCACCACCUCGCUCACCUCCGCGCAGAGAGGUAUUUCUUGUGGGCGCAUUCACGUGCCAAUUUUAGGAAGACUGGGGACCUUGGACACUCAGAUUCUGCGCAGAGCUCCUCUUAGAACCUUUUCAGAAACACCAGCAUACUUUGCCUCAAAAGAUGGGGCAAACAAGGAUGGCUCUGGAGAUGGAAAUAAGAAAUCAGUAACUGAAGGAAGCAGUAAGAAAUCAGGCUCUGGGAAUUCUGGGAAAGGUGGAAACCAGCUCCGCUGUCCUAAGUGUGGUGACGUGUGCACACAUGUAGAGACCUUUGUGUCUUCCACGCGCUUUGUAAAGUGUGAAAAAUGUCAUCAUUUUUUCGUUGUGUUGUCGGAAGCAGACUCAAAGAAAAGCAUAAUUAAAGAACCAGAGUCAGCUGCGGAGGCUGUGAAGUUGGCAUUCCAGCAGAAACCACCUCCGCCCCCCAAAAAGAUCUAUAACUACCUCGACAAGUACGUUGUUGGCCAGUCGUUUGCUAAGAAAGUGCUCUCAGUUGCUGUGUAUAAUCAUUAUAAGAGGAUAUAUAAUAACAUUCCCGCUAAUCUGAGACAGCAAGCAGAGGUUGAGAAGCAGACAUCAUUAACACCUAGAGAGUUAGAAAUAAGAAGACGGGAGGAUGAGUACAGAUUUACAAAGUUGCUUCAGAUUGCUGGGAUCAGCCCACAUGGCAACGCCUUGGGAGCAUCCAUGCAGCAGCAGGUAAAUCAGCAGAUGCCUCAGGAAAAACGAGGAGGCGACGUGUUGGAUUCUCCUCACGAUGAGAUAAAACUUGAAAAAAGUAAUAUUUUGCUGCUUGGACCAACUGGGUCAGGUAAAACCCUGCUGGCACAGACUUUAGCUAAAUGCCUUGAUGUUCCUUUUGCUAUCUGUGACUGUACAACUUUGACUCAAGCUGGAUAUGUAGGUGAAGAUAUUGAGUCUGUGAUUGCCAAACUACUCCAAGAUGCCAAUUACAAUGUAGAGAAAGCACAACAAGGAAUUGUCUUUCUGGAUGAAGUAGAUAAGAUUGGCAGUGUGCCAGGCAUUCAUCAGUUACGGGAUGUAGGUGGAGAAGGCGUUCAGCAAGGUUUAUUAAAACUUCUAGAAGGCACAAUAGUCAAUGUUCCAGAAAAGAAUUCUCGAAAACUACGCGGAGAGACAGUUCAAGUUGAUACAACAAAUAUCUUGUUUGUGGCAUCAGGUGCCUUUAAUGGUUUAGACAGAAUCAUCAGCAGGAGGAAAAAUGAAAAGUACCUUGGAUUUGGAACACCGUCUAACCUGGGAAAGGGCAGAAGGGCUGCAGCUGCUGCAGAUCUUGCUAAUCGAAGUGGAGAAUCCAACACUCAUCAGGACAUUGAAGAGAAAGAUCGGUUACUCCGACAUGUGGAAGCCAGAGAUCUUAUUGAGUUUGGCAUGAUCCCAGAGUUUGUUGGACGGUUGCCUGUGGUUGUUCCUUUGCACAGCCUAGAUGAGAAGACACUCGUACAGAUACUGACGGAGCCACGGAAUGCUGUCGUUCCUCAAUAUCAGGCUUUAUUCAGCAUGGAUAAGUGUGAACUGAAUGUUACUGAGGAUGCUUUGAAAGCCAUAGCUAGAUUGGCACUGGAAAGAAAAACAGGUGCCCGAGGUCUUCGGUCUAUAAUGGAAAAGCUGUUACUAGAACCAAUGUUCGAAGUUCCUAAUUCUGACAUUGUAUGUGUGGAAGUUGACAAAGAAGUAGUAGAAGGCAAAAAGGAACCAGGAUACAUUCGGGCUCCCUCGAAAGAGUCCUCUGAAGAGGAAUAUGACUCUGGAGUGGAGGAGGAUGGAUGGCCUCGCCAGGCGGACGCUGCAAACAGCUAAACCGUCAGACUCCCACCUGUACAUACAGCUUUCCCUGUUCUCUAGGGUCAUAACAGUUUCCGCAGUCUGGCAUUAAAGGCGUUGAAUCUAUCUUGGAUAUCAUACAUGGUCAAAAGCCUUUAAGAUAAGAAUCGGAUCAUGUAUAUUAUUGUAACAUCACAUUGAUUUAUACAGAAGACAGUAUAUGGACUUUAAUGACACAAUGUUUAGAGAUUAAAAUGUACAUUAUUUUGGUUCUGUUUUUUAAAAAUAUGCUCUAACAAAAUUCUUAGGAAUUCUUUUAAGCAAUGCAGAUGUUGCAAUAACUUUACAAUAAUGUUACUCUAAAAAUGAGAAAAUAAAAUCUUUAAAGUUGAGUAUUGGGA